AUGCAGCCUCAGCCGCAGCCGCAGCAGCAACAGCAACAGCCACCGCCGGGGUUCCAGUUGGUUAGGGCGCCGUACCGGGCGACGGAGGCGCAGUUUCACGCCUUCGUCCGCGGCUUGGACGCCGUUCUGAACCAGUGGACCGCGCUUCACCUCGUUGCACAGCACUGUGACGGGUUGGCUCUUCAAUCCAUGUAUCAGGAGCUCAUUGCCUGGUUCCAGUCCGAGGGUGAGUUGUAUUCUGAUGACCUGGAAAUAUUUUUCGAGGACUUCUUUACUGAGGCACGCUCUGUCGUGAUCGAGGACGACAGCAUGAAGGAGGUGGGGGACGUGCUGCAUGAAAUGUACUGCCGCUGCUGCCAAAAUGACUUUGGCCUGGUGGAGCAGUACCUGGCGAGCUGGGAGGUGUACCGUCAGGUGAAUCCGGUGCGGCUCUCGGUGGAUGCCGGCGGCCACGACGACGACGACGAGAAUGGGGCCGACGGCGCCGCACUGGGCGCGGAGGCGCAAGAGAUGCAGUUGACUGCUCACGAAGCGGAGGAGGUUGACACGCCGCUGGCAAAUGCCCAGCCGAAGCCGCGGAAGAAGAAGGCAAAGAAAAAUGCCUACGAGCGUGACAGUGAUGGCUGGUGCAUGGUGCAGCGCUAG